AUGGCGUCCAAAGUCGGCGCAACGCACGCGAAGGAGGACUACGUGGACCUCAAGUACACCCCAAAGUACCUGUCCAUCCUCAACCACCUGCGCUUCUACCUUCCGCGGAUAUUUCCUCAGCUGGAUAAGAUCCUAUUCCUGGACGACGACGUGGUUGUGCAGCAAGACCUGACAGAACUGUGGAAGAUCCCCAUGAAUGGCAAGGUGAACCUUGCUGUUGAGACCUGCGGGAAGGUGUUUCACCGAUUCAAGACGUACCUCAACUUUUCCAGUCCCCUUCUGGCUGACUUCGACCCUGAGGGGUGCGGAUGGGCCUUCGGAAUGAACAUGUUCAACCUGGCUGCAUGGCGGCGGGGGAACUAUACCGACAAGUACCACUUCUGGCAAGAUAAGAAUGAGGACCGCUCGCUCUGGAAGCUGGGCACCCUUCCUCCUGGUCUACUGACGUUCUACAACGCAACAGAGCCUCUGGACAAGCGGUGGCAGGUGUUGGGCCUGGGCAGCAAGAGCACCGUCGACGUUGGACUUGUGCAGCGAGCAGCCGUGAUUCAUUAUAAUGGCCAUGCCAAACCGUGGCUGGAACUCGCCAUCCCCGUCUACCAAAGGUUCUGGACGCGAUAUUUGCCAUACGACAAUCCUCUGCUCCAGCAGUGCAAUUUCAGAGCACCGACUGCUGUUGCUGCUGACUAG